CAGGCUGACUUCGGUCACAGUUUCCACCGUCACAUUGGUGCGGUGGCUUCCGGCUUAAGCGGGCGGGUUUGGCAGGUCAUGUUUAAUAGGAUGGAUGACUCUCCUGAGCCCCUUUGGGGAGUUGCAGCGAUUAGACAAGAUUGUAAUUGGAUAUGACGAAAUUGUGGGUUAAUAGAUCUUGUAAUUGUCAUUGAAAGCAGCGGAAGCUCUGUUCUAUGUACACUUUCUAUGCUUCCCGUGAUUGAGUUUUUACUUUUUGCAUCUUGUACUGUUAAGUUUUGUAGACCAGCUUCAAACUGGACAUGUUGCUCAAUUGGUAUCAAGGGACAUAACUUGGGCCAGGAAAACAUUCCCCACACCACUGCCACCCCAGCCUGUACCGUUGACACCAGGCAGGAUGGGACCAUGGACUCAUGCUGCUUAGGCCAAACCCUGCCAUCAGCAUGCCUCAACAGGAGCCAGGAUUUGACAGACCAGGCAAUGUUUUUCCACUUCUCAAUUGUCUCGUGUUGAUGAUGGCGUGCCCACUGGAGCCACUUCUUCUUGUUUUUUUAUCUGAUAGGAGUGGAAACCGGGUGUGUUCGUCUGCUGCCAAUCACCCAUCCGUGACAAGAACGGACGAGGUGUGCAUUCCAAGAUGCUGUUCUGCACAGCACUGUCCACCAGCAGUGGUUUAUUAGCCUGCUGGCUGAAGUCCCUUCCCCGGAGACGAAGCUGGCGGCCCUUCGGCUAGAGGCGGAGGAGAAGGAGCUUGGUACCAUGGCCUGGGUGCUGAAGAUGGACGAUGCCACCAUCGAGUCAGGGCUGGUACACGACUUUGAUGCCAGUCUGUCGGGUAUCGGGCAGGAGCUGGGGGCUGGCGUAUACAGUAUGAGUGAUGUGCUGGCCCUGCCCAUCUUUAAACAGGAAGACUCCAGUCUCCCUUCAGACCGUGAGCGCAGCGGUCUGAACCCUCCCUUCCAGUAUGUUCUCUGUGCUGCCACCUCCCCUGCCGUCAAACUACACGACGAGACCCUCACCUACCUAAACCAAGGCCAGUCUUAUGAGAUCCGUAUGCUGGACAACAGGAAGCUGGAGUUAUCAGAGAUAAACAACAGGAGUGUGAAGAGUAUCGUUAGGGUGGUGUUCCAUGACAGGAGACUUCAGUACACAGAGCAUCGGCAGCUGGAGGGGUGGAAGUGGAAUCGCCCUGGAGACCGUCUCCUAGACAUCGACAUCCCCUUGUCAGUGGGUAUCAUGGAGCCCAAGGCCGACCCCUCCCAGCUCAACGCCGCCGAGUUUCUCUGGGACCUCAACAGGAGAGCCUCUGUGUUUGUGCAGGUUCACUGCAUCAGUACAGAGUUCACCCCCAGGAAGCAUGGAGGAGAGAAGGGAGUUCCCUUCAGGAUCCAGAUUGACACCUUCAGACAGGGAGACAACGGAGAGUCCACUGAACACCUCCACUCUGCCUCCUGCCAAAUCAAAGUCUUCAAGCCAAAGGGGGCAGACAGGAAACAGAAGACGGACAGAGAGAAGAUGGAGAAACGAACGUCUCAAGAGAAGGAGAAGUACCAAUGCUCCUACAACACCACCAUCCUAUCAGAGAUGAGGCUGGAGCCGAUCGUAGAGGAAGUGGGAGACUAUGAGCUGAAGAAGUCCAGCAAGAGGACGCUGCCAGCUGACUGUGGGGACUCGCUGGCCAAGAGAGGCAGUUGUUCUCCAUGGCCUGAUGCCUACGUCGGCUCUCCCCGGACAGCUGGCCCCUCCUUCACCUCCACACCCCUCUCCACGUACACUGCCUCCUCCGUACCCGACAGUGACUCAUCGUCGCCCAAUCACCAGGCAGACCCUGUCAGCCAAGUCGUCACAGAGCAACUCAGUCCGACAGCCACCAUCCAGGAGACUCAGAUGUGGCUUGUCAAAAACCGCUUCAACAGCUACGCACGACUCUUCUCCCACUUCUCAGGUUUUGACUUACUAAAGUUGACCCGGGAUGAUCUGGUUCAGAUCUGUGGAGCUGCUGAUGGAAUCAGACUCUUCAACACACUCAAAUCCAGGUCGGUGUGUCCCAGGUUGACCCUCUAUGUGUGUCAGGAGUGUGAGGUAGAGAGCCCCCUGCUGGAGAGACGCUGUAACAGCCAGAACAGAGAGCGCAGUGACACACCUCAUUUAUAUGUGUACCAUGCUUUGUACCUGGAGGAGCUGACUGCGGCUGAGUUGAUCAGGAAGAUGGCGUGUGUGUGCAGUGUUCCACUGGGACACAUCAACCAGGUCUACCGACAAGGACCCACAGGGAUACACAUACUGCUGAGUGACCAGAUGGUUCACAACUUACCAGACGAGAGCUGCUUUCUGAUCGGCACAAUCAAAGAUGAAACGGGGGAGGGGCUCCACCAAAUGGGGGAGGGACUUCACCUGGUUUUGAAGUAGCGAUAGAGGAUGACAUCACUCAACACUCCUCCCUCUGUGUGGAGGGGAGCAGCCUCCAUCCCUCCUUCCAUCCCUUCCGCUCUCCUAUCGUUCAGAUUGCCGUGUCUAAGGCAGACGGACAGAGAUACUGAACUGCGGCCUUGUUAAUGUUAGAAUCUGACCGGGCGUGAUCACUGUUUCAUAUUGAAAACACUAUUACUGGGGGGGACGACUUUGUUUAUUCUUAAAUGUUUUUAUUGUUGUACGAGAGGAGGGAGGCUGCCCCCCCCCACAGAGAGAGUCAUAUAGAGGAGGGAGACUGCCCCCUCCACACACAGAGAGAGUCAUAUUGGAGGGAGGCUGCCCCCCACACACAGAGAGUCAUAUAGAGGAGGGAGGCUGCCCCCACACACAGAGGGUCAUAUAGAGGAGGGAGGCUGCCCCCACACACAGAGAGAGUCAUAUAGAGGAGGGAGGCUGCCCCCCCACACAGAGAGUCAUAUAGAGGAGGCUGCCCCCCACACAGAGAGUCAUAUAGAGGGGGAGGCUGCCCCCACACAGAGAGUCAUAUAGAGGAGGAGGCUGCCCCCCCACAGAGAGUCAUAUAGAGGGGGAGGCUGCCCCCCACACAGAGAGUCAUAUAGAGGGGGAGGCUGCCCCCACACAGAGAGUCAUAUAGAGGAGGGAGGCUGCCCCCACACAGAGAGUCAUAUAGAGGGGGAGGCUGCCCCCCACACAGUCAUAUAGAGGAGAGGAGGGAAGCUGCCCCCACAGAGAGAGAGUCAUAUAGAGGAGAGGAGGGAGGCUGCCCCCCCCACACAGAGAGUCAUAUAGAGGAGAGGAGGGAGGCUGCCCCCCCACAGAGAGAGAGUCAUAUAGAGGAGAGGGGGGAGGCUGCCUCCCCACACAGAGAGUCAUAUAGAGGAGAGGAGGGAGGCUGCCCCCCCACACAGAGAGUCAUAUAGAGGAGAGGGGGGAGGCUGCCCCCCCACACAGAGAGAGUCAUAUAGAGGAGGGGAGGGAGACUGCUCCCCCACACAGAGAGAGUCAUAUAGAGGAGAGGGGGGAGGCUGCUCCCCCACAGAGGGAGUCAUAUAGAGGAGGGAGUUUCAGACAGACAGAACCCAGCCGCUUGUGUCUCAUUCGCUCUGACCUGAGACUCGACCACACCCACUUUCACAGAAGCAGAGCUGGCGACUAACGAAACCAGAAAAGACUAUCUAGAUCACGCCGGCCCCGAUGUGAACCUUCUGAUCUGUUCUCAUUCUACAACUAGUGAGUCCUCUUAGCCAAUCAAGUGGAUCGAUGGAGCUGUUGCACUGUAACAGAAUGCCAUCAGGGCCCUGUUCUGGUCCGCGUAUCGUAUGAAUCAGGUCUAAUACCAUAAUAUACCCCAGCCUAUUUCAGAGCAGGACCGGCCGUCUCCACUGAAGACCCUGCCUGAGCAUCAUGGGAACUUCUUUCACUUCACUCAAGUCUCUUCAGUCUCAUUUUUUUUGUUACUGUCGCUUUUAUGGUUUUUAGUUUUUUUCUUUUGACUAAGACAGUUUGUUUGUUUGGCUGUUGGUGUAAGAUGAGAUGUCUCGGGUGCCAUACUUCACACUGUUCGCUAGGCUCAGUUCGAUUUUUCACACACAGAUGGACGCUCGGACACACACUGACCCUAAUAGACUAUUGACAUGGAGAGAGGGUGAGGCGGAAGAGUCUCUAGACUAUUGACAUGGAGAGGAGGAUGCGUCUCUAGACUAUUGAGAUGGAGAGGGG